AAGACUGGAGGGGAGGAGCCGAUACACCUGUGCAAGCCUGAUGGGGAGGAGCCAGUACAACUGUACAAGACAGAAGGGGAGGAGCCGGUACACCUGUGCAAGACUGAAGGGGAGGAGCCGGUACACCUGUGCAAGACUGAAGGGGAGGAGCCGAUACACCUGUGCAAGACUGAAGGGGAGGAGCCAGUACACCUGUACAAGACUGAAGGGGAGGAGCUGUUACACCUGUGCAAGACUGAAGGGGAGGAGCUGUUACACCUGUGCAAGACUGAAGGGGAGGAGCUGUUACACCUGUGCAAGACUGAAGGGGAGGAGCCGGUACAACUGUGUAAGACUGGAGGGGAGGAGCCGGUACACCUGUGCAAGACUGAAGGGGAGG